AUGCCUCCAAAGAAGCAGGUUGAAGAGAAAAAAAUUCUAUUGGGUCGUCCCGGUAACAAUUUGAAAGCAGGUAUCGUUGGUCUAGCUAACGUUGGUAAAUCUACCUUUUUCCAAGCUAUUACCAAAUCUCCCCUAGGUAAUCCUGCCAAUUACCCUUUUGCUACCAUUGACCCUGAAGAAGCUCGUGUUAUAGUGCCAUCUUCUCGUUUCGAUGAGUUGUGCCAAAUUUACAAGCCUGCAUCUGAAGUGCCAGCUCAUUUGACGGUUUAUGAUAUUGCCGGUUUGACUAAAGGUGCUUCUGCCGGUGAAGGUUUAGGUAACGCUUUCUUGUCGCAUAUUAGAGCAGUCGAUUCCAUCUACCAAGUUGUUCGUUGUUUCGAUGAUGCAGAAAUUAUUCACAUUGAAGGUGAUGUCGAUCCAGUCCGUGAUUUAGAGAUUAUCAACGAAGAAUUGAGAUUGAAGGAUAUUGAAUUCUGUGAAAAAGCUUUGGAGAAUUCUUUGAAGAUCGCCAAGAGAGGUGGUCAAUCUCUAGAAGUUAAGCAAGAAAAGGAAAAAGCUGCUUUGAUUGAAAGAAUUACCAAGUUACUACAGGAAGGUCAAAGAGUGGCUAACCAAACAUGGACUCCAAAGGAAGUUGAGGCCAUUAACUCCAUGUUCUUAUUGACCGCAAAGCCUUGUAUAUACUUGAUCAACUUGUCUGAGAGAGACUACGCCAGAAAGAAGAACAAGCACCUAUUGAGAAUCAAGGAAUGGGUAGAUAAGUACUCUCCAGGUGAUUUAAUCAUCCCAUUCAGUGUCUCCCUAGAAGAAAAAUUGUCUACUAUGUCCGAGGAAGAACAGGCUGAGGAAUUGAAGACUUUGCAAACUACUUCUGCUUUGCCAAAGAUCGUUACUACCAUGAGACAAAAAUUGGACUUGAUCUCGUUCUUCACCUGUGGUCCUGAUGAAGUUCGCGAGUGGACUAUUAGAAAGGGUACCAAGGCUCCACAAGCCGCUGGUGUUAUCCAUAACGAUCUAAUGAACACUUUCAUCUUGGCUCAAGUUAUGAAAUAUGAGGACGUUAUUGAAUACAAGGAUGACGCCGCUAUCAAAUCCGCUGGUAAAUUGCUACAAAAGGGUAAGGAUUACGUGGUGGAAGAUGGUGAUAUCAUCUACUUCAGAGCAGGUGCCGGUAAGAACUAA